AUGCAAAAUCGGGGCGGUCAGAAGAACGCACAAGGUUACGACAAAAUUGCAUUACUUUUUGCUAGAGAUCCUGGAUGCUCUGUCUUCAGACGCUUCGAUGAAUUCAGCGCGAAAAACUUACUAUACUAUCAAGCCCAGAUAGCAAAUUUCGAGGAAGAUUUCCAUGAAAUAAUCGCCGACGACAAAGCCUCCGGGGGCAAAGAUAGUCCAUACUACCCGUUCUCUGUGCGAUGCUUGCAGGAAUCCAUGAAAAGUACAAAGCCAGAGGAUAGAGCGCAAUGGUCGAAGUUCCUAGAGGGUCGCGAGCUAGUGGAAAGCUACUAUAGGGCUUUGAUACAAUACAAAGAGCUUUUGACAUUUGAUAGCCCGAAUGAGACCGAUCGAACAAAUUAUCAACAAUGGCUCGCGCAUCAGAGUGUGAAGGGCGAUGUCUACUUCGCGACAUGCGCUGAAAUGGACAUAUAUAACUCCAAGAACAACCAUGACAUGAUCACAGUAUCCAACAAGGAGCAAGGGGCUGACAAGAUGACAAGAUGGAUAUUUGAACGAUCUAGCGAAUGGUUCCAGGGACGGUGUGGCCGACAUUUUGAAGAAGAGCAUGAUAUCGAAGGAUUCAACGAGGAAGAAGAUGUUAUCGAAGGAAUAAACAAGGAUGAGUAUGAUAUCAAAAAGUUCAGAGUCCGGCACUACAGCGACAAAAAGAUUAGGUCGUUCACUUAUGUAGUCACCGUCGUUGUUGCAGCAGUCCUGCCUGCUUCAUGUAUGAUUGUGCUGUACUUUGUCAAGGACACUGCCGGAAGAAUACUGACUGUCAUCGUCUACAAUAUCUUGUUUUCGAUGUUUCUCGGGCUUCUGGUUCGAGCCCGUCGAGUGGAGAUAUUCGCCGCCGUUUCUGCAUUUACCGCUAUUCAAGUUACUUUGAUUACCAACUCUUGA